AUGUCUUACACUCUACUCAAGGAAGAGGAGGAGGCCGGCAUCACCGCCACGCAAGAUACCAGAUCCCUGCCUUCGUACACAAGGGAAACCAGCAAAACUAGAGCACUGUCAAAAAUUGUCGCUCUCACCCUUUUAGUCGUGGCAGCCUCCUUCCUCGGUGGUCUUUUUGCCCUGCUGGGAUACCGCGUGCCCACAUUCGCCAUUCCUUCAUCUUCAUCUUCAUCAUCAUCUUCAUCUUCUCCUUCUGCGACCACCCCCUUCCUUUCAAAAUCCACACCACAUUCCGUCACCGAACUACAAUGUGGCACCUCCCCGGCUGAAGCCCGAUCUCUCGACUGCGUACUAGACCUCCUAGCCAUGAGCUGGGUACGUCCAGCCUGCUACGACAAGGAGUUGACUGAGGAGUUCCUCGCCGAGAGGAACUGGACCUGGACCACAGACCCAUGGGGCAAGCAUCAUCUCUCUAAGUCCGAGGUGCUUGACGGUGACUGGGAAUACGUCUACGUCGACCAUUGUUAUACGGCGGCCUAUGACCACAUCGAACAUUGUGGUGAUCGGCUGGUGGCUAAUACGGGCGAGGAGGUGGUCGGUGUACCGGCCAUUCUCAAGUAUCCAUCUUGUGGACCGGGGAGUCUGGGUCAGGAGACCCCGGCGUAUUGGAUCUAUGAGGGGGAGGUGCAGUAUAAUACGAAGAAGCAGGAAGGGCUUUAUGCGGAUCAUAUGAAAAUGGAGCAUGAGUAGG